AUGCCUGUCCCUCGUUCAUCUCAUUUCUCUCCCUGGCGCCUGGUUUGCUCCCACCACAUACAUGACGGGGGUCUUCGUGCACAGUAUAAAGCCUACGGGGAAUUUCGAUUGUCCCAGCAAUCCCAACACAUUCGCGAACUAGCGAGCCACAAUUUCAUUUGCGAGAUGCCACCCUGCUCUUGCAAGGCAAAGGGCUUGGACAUUAGCGAACUUUACAGCGAGGGCUAUAAUCAGUCUGACAUCCCACAAUGGGGAGAUAUAGGGCGUAAUUCGACUACACGCAGACACCGAAAGCGACCUACUUUUGCGACCCGCACUUACUGCCCCAAUCCUAAUCUCAAACAACAAUCCGGCACUCACUCAUAUAUACCUCCGGACUCCACACCCACUGAUAAUGCCAAUCGCCCGCAGUCCCGCGCACCGCCCCCUCAGCCACAUUCCCAGAGGCCUACUUCGAGACAAGCUGCCCAAGCUUGGAGCAAUUACAAAGAGAGAUGUCAUGCGAUGUGCAAUCUUCCGCAACAGGCCGAUCCGGGAACACGAUAUCUAACAUUCUCAUCGAUUCCAUGGCCGGUAUUCGGUGCCGUAAAUAUAAUAUCGGAUCUCCAUGCAGAGGCCAUCAAGGAGUUUCUGUGUCCUCCUAACUGCGACCGCCGUGAACAGCGAGCACGAGUCAAGAGCGCUCUUUUAGUUUUCCACCCCGAUAAAUCAGCCGCUCGUUGGAUCUCUUUCCUGCGUCAUGACGAUAUACCUACUGUCCAUAGUGCUUUGAAUAUUGUUACCCAACAUCUCACAUCCAUUCUUCAAUCCUUAUAG